AUGGAAUUUCCACGUUUCACCUUCAAUCCAAAGGAAGGGAUAGAUAAUCCAGCUCUGGUCAUCACUGAUGAUCCUGAGCCUGAUCAGAGCCCCAUGCCCAGACUGUGCCAACUGAAGCGUCUGGAGGGGCAGAGCUUUGGUUUCUACCUGCGCAUGGACCAGCGCAGCCAAGGUUUUGAGAUCAGAGAUGUUGAGCCGUGGAGUCCUGCAGAGCAAAGCGGUCUCAGAGACGGAGACCGAGUGCUGGAGGUCAAUGAAGAAUAUGUGGACAACAUAGACUUCUACAGGAGUGGCAGAUCCGGGAAAAAGGACGACUCGCCGACUAGCUUAACGAUGGAGGCUAUCUCGGCGCUACUGGACCAGCACCGCUCGGCAUUAGCAACAGACUUCAGGACCUCUUUCAGCCUGCUGGAAACAAAAUUUGAUCAAGUCCGUGCCACCGUGGAAGACCAGGGCCAACGUCUGAGCUCUCUCGAGCUUAUUUCAGAGGACCUGAGUCAGCGUGUCAGUGAGCUAGAAAAGGCAUGCUCCAGCCUCCGGGAAAACAACUCAAAGCUAACGGCUAAAGUCAUUGACCUGGAAGGUCGCAUCAGACGGCAAAACCUACGCAUUCUUGGCUGGCUGAGUCUACUGAAGGAGGACAACCUACCGAAUUCUUCUCGGGUCUGCUAUAGACCGCGACCGGUCAUCCUUCGUCUACAUCGCUACCGGAUAAAAGAUCUUCUGAUCCGUGAGGCUAGACGCAGGGGGAAAUUGGACUACCGCGGCCAGCAGAUCCGCAUUGUGGAGGACUACUGCCCAGAGAUUUUGAGCCAGCGCGCCGAAUACAGGGAAGUUAUGACGGAGCUGUACAACCGAGGACUCAAGCCCUCCUUGCUGUACCCUGCCCGGCUUCAUAUCACACUUUCCAGCGGGGAGAAGAUGUGGCUGUGCUCGGCGGAUGAAGCACGGAGAUAUGUCGACCGUCUCCCAGCUGUGGUGAGGAAGAUCCAGUCAUGCGGCUUACACUUGUUCCUCCUGGUGUUGAGGAGGGAAGAGUACGAACAGUCACUGUCUCUUGGCGUGGACUUGCAGACGCUGGCGAAGGCCUCCAAAGGGGACUGCUGGUUGAGACCCAGACUGUGUCACAUCAGCAGACACCCGGUACAUGGCCUGGGAAUAACCAUUGUCUCAGUGGAAGGAAAUAAGUUUACAACCUUUGAAAGUCAGAAGGGCCAGUAUACUGUGAGCACAAUGACUGAUGGUCCAGCAGAGAAAGCUGGUGUAUGCACUGGAGACAAACUGAUCUGGAUCAAUGGAGCCAUGGUGUCAACGCUCACACACUCCACUCUCAACAGAACUGUGAAGAAGAGUGGUGACUCAGUGACGGUGCUUGUCAUUGACCGUGAAAGUGAGUCUUGCUAUGUCAGGAGGAAGAUGCCCAUCCUGCCUGUGGUGGCAAAAUGCUGCGGCCUCCCCCACACUGCCAAAACCAUGCAUCUGGUUAAAGGACAUGAUGGAUACGGCUUUCUGCUGAGACAAGAGAAGUUGGCAGGCACUCGACGGAUAGUUCAUGUGCUGAGGGAGGUGGAUGUGGGAAGUCCAGCUGAGGGGGCAGGUAUGGUAGAUGGAGACCUGCUGCUAGCUGUCAAUGGGAAACCUGUUGAGUCUAUGGAACAUGAGGACAUCGUCAAAAAGAUUAGACAGAGUGGUGAUAAAGUCAUCCUCACCUCUAUAUCUAUACGAGGAAGAGACUUUUACAGAGAGUUAGGUAUCUCUCCUGUGUUAACCAGAGUGAAACCCCUCUGA